GCUUUGCAGAACUCCCUUCGGUUCAACGCGUCGACCCGACAAUAUUUCAACGUCAUGUCCAGAGGCGGAAGAGGCGGCGGGCGUGGUGGAGGACGUGGUUUUGGCGGGAGGGGAGGGUUCGGCGCGAACAACCUCCCUCCAAUGGGCCUGACAUUCGCAGACAUCCAAUCGAUGUCUAAGGAGGCGACCGCCCUGUACCCUCCUCUGGAACCCUUGCCAUUACUUACCGAGUACUCCGAGGAGGAAAAGCGGAUCUGCGAAUUGCAGAUAGGCUUUGCGACUCGUCUGCGCAGUUCAGCAUAUUAUGUUAUUGAGCCUACCAAGUCUACAGAAUUGCCUCGAUAUUCGGACAAGUAUCGCCCCUCUCCAGCGUCACAGCCUACGCUGAAAAGGAAGAAUCUUCAUCAACCAUUCUUCCCUCAAGAGAUCUUUGAAGGCUACUUCAACCCUAAGAGACGAAAAAUUUCUGCGAAGAAGGGUCCGAAGAAACGUAUCAACCUGGAUGAAAUGGCCAAGGAUGUCGAAGAACAGGAAAAAUCCAGUGACGAGCGCUCGGACGUUGGUUCUCAGGCUGAAGAGGAGGACUAUGAUGUUGAUGAGGAGUUCGACAACGAUUACGCAGAAAAUUAUUUUGACAAUGGUGAGGGCGACGAUUUCGAGGACCUGGGCGGUGGAGGAGGAGGAGACGAAGCAGGCGGUUAUGACUACGACUGAUGGUGACCACUGUGGAACGUUUGAGAUGUGCGACAUGCCUGUACUCAUAGCAACUAUGGAGCGAUAUGUUAUCUUCAUUCUAU